CAAGUUCUUCACCAUUUUGCCGCCAAUUCCCCAUCAUUCUCCCUCUCUUUCUCUGUCUCACUCUCUCUCUCUGUCUCUCUCCCUCCCUCCCUCCCUCUCCCUCUCUCUCACUGGGUAAACCAUGAGCAUGACGAAGGACCUCGAUUUCAGCACAGACAAAGUUUUGGCGAAGGAGUUCCUUUCGAACUUCGCAGAUGCAAAUGGAGAAGCGAAGUACAUCAACAUCCUUCAAGAAGUUGCGAACCGUAGAAACCGAGCAAUCCAGAUUGAUCUCGAGGACUUAUUUAAUUACAAAGAUUUGGAUGAAGAAUUUCUCAGACGCAUUACUGAGAAUACCCGGCGGUAUAUUGGGAUUUUUUCUGAUGCGAUUGAUGAGCUGAUGCCGGAGCCCACGGAGGCCUUUACGGAUGAUGAUCAUGACAUAUUAAUGACACAAAGGUCUGAUGAAGGGCCAGAGAAUAUGGACGGUUCUGAUCCGCUUCAGAAGAUGCCUCCGGAAAUCAAACGCUACUUUGAAGUUUAUAUAAGAGCAUCUUCAAAGGGACGACCAUUUACCAUUAGGGAGGUCAAGGCUUCAUACAUUGGCCAGCUUGUGCGGAUAUCUGGUAUUGUCACGCGUUGUUCAGAUGUUAAACCCUUAAUGCAGGUAGCCGUGUAUACGUGUGAAGAUUGUGGUUUUGAAAUUUACCAGGAAGUAACUGCUCGAGUUUUCAUGCCCCUGUUUGAGUGUCCAUCCAAGCGCUGUGUAACAAAUAGAGCAAAGGGGAAUCUUAUCUUGCAACUCAGGGCGUCAAAGUUUUUGAAGUUUCAAGAGGCCAAAAUUCAAGAGUUAGCUGAACAUGUACCAAAAGGCCACAUUCCACGGACGAUGACAGUUCAUUUGAGGGGAGAACUCACAAGAAAGGUAGCUCCAGGUGAUGUUAUUGAUUUGUCUGGUAUUUUUCUCCCUAUUCCAUACACUGGUUUUAGAGCAAUGCGUGCUGGCUUAGUUGCUGAUACAUACUUAGAGGCCAUGUCUGUCACACAUUUCAAGAAAAAAUACGAGGAUUAUGAACUCAGAGGAGAUGAGGAAGAACAAAUUGCACGUUUAGCUGAGGAUGGUGAUAUUUAUAAUAAGCUGUCCCGAUCAUUGGCACCUGAAAUCUUUGGUCAUGAAGACAUCAAAAAAGCUCUUCUUCUUCUCCUUGUGGGUGCUCCUCACCGAAAGUUGAAAGAUGGAAUGAAGAUUAGAGGAGAUUUACAUAUAUGUUUGAUGGGGGAUCCUGGGGUUGCAAAGAGUCAACUGCUUAAGCACAUAAUUAAUGUAGCACCCAGGGGAGUGUAUACUACUGGCAAAGGAAGCAGUGGAGUUGGUCUAACUGCUGCUGUUCAGAAAGAUCCAGUGACAAAUGAGUUCGUUCUGGAAGGAGGAGCAUUGGUGCUAGCGGAUAUGGGCAUAUGUGCCAUUGACGAGUUUGAUAAGAUGGAUGAAUCAGAUCGAACAUCCAUACACGAAGUUAUGGAGCAGCAGACUGUCAGCAUUGCCAAGGCUGGGAUCACUACAUCUCUGAAUGCAAGAACUGCUGUUCUUGCUGCCGCUAAUCCAGCAUGGGGAAGAUAUGACCUACGUAGAACUCCAGCUGAAAACAUUAAUCUUCCUCCAGCACUUCUAUCGAGAUUUGACCUCAUGUGGUUGAUUUUGGAUCGAGCAGAUAUGGAUAAUGAUCUUGAAAUGGCCAGGCAUAUUGUCUAUGUGCACCAGAAUAGAGAAUCUCCUGCUCUUGGGUUCACUCCACUUGAGCCAUCUGUUCUUCGUGCUUACAUUUCGGCAGCAAGAAGAGUGUCUCCCUCUGUCCCAAAGGAACUGGAGGAGUAUAUUGCUAGUGCCUAUUCAACCAUUCGGCAAGAAGAAGCUAAAUCUAAUAGUCCCCAUUCAUAUACAACUGUCAGAACUCUGCUCAGCAUUCUCCGAAUAUCGGCUGCACUAGCAAGACUCCGAUUCUCUGAGAGUGUGGCUCAGAGUGAUGUGGAUGAGGCACUUCGGUUAAUGCAGAUGUCGAAGUUCUCUUUGUACUCAGAUGAGCGUCAGAAAUCUGGACUUGAUGCCAUCUCUGAUAUCUAUUCAGUCUUGCGAGAUGAAGCUGCCAGGACUAACAGGAUGGAUGUGAGCUAUGCCCAUGCACUCAACUGGAUUUCUAGGAAGGGAUACAGCGAAGCCCAAUUGAAAGAAUGUUUGGAGGAAUAUGCUGCCUUAAAUGUGUGGCAGAUACACCCCCACACCUUUGACAUCCGAUUUAUUGAUGCCUGAUCACUGAUGUGCCCUUUGCUUGUAUAGAAAUGGCCUUUGAUCAAUCAGCAUUUGAAGUUUAAUUGAUGAUAUUUGGCUUAUGUUGUAAUUUUGAUUUAACAGAAUUUCCAAGGCACUUUUGAUUGCUAGAACGAGCUAGAGUUUCAUAUUUAAGCAUUAGUCACCAGAGUUAGUACUGUAUUGAAACUGUAAGCAGUCAUUAGUUUACUCUGUUAACUAAGAAUUAGGCGAAAAAAAGAAUCAAUUUUUCA